AACCCCCAUCUCCUCCCCCUCUAAGCGGAGCCCUUAUCCCCGCUCGGGGGCUGGAUUCGGCUUCUCGACCGAGGCCUCAUCGCCUGGGCCUCCUGCCGUAGCCCCGGAGUUUCCCCGCGGUCGCUGAGGUUGUGAAUAUGUGACAAUGGUGGAACUGUUGGCAGAGUGAAGUGUCCAAAUAAACAUCACUAGGACAACAUGUAGUUCAGUCCAAGCUAAGGAAUAAGAACACCUUUCUGCACGGAAAUUGGUAAUGGUGUUAAUGCUUUACUGCUGAAAGGCACCUGUGGGUUGUGACGACUGAGCAGUGGCGGGGGAAGAAGAGUAGAUAAGGAAAGUAUAAAACAGCCACCAUGACAUCCUCAUCUCUUAGAAGACAGAUGAAAAACAUUGUUAACAAUUACUCAGAAGCAGAGAUAAAAGUCCGAGAGGCCACAUCGAAUGAUCCUUGGGGUCCCUCGAGUUCACUGAUGGCAGAAAUCUCUGACCUGACAUACAAUGUGGUGGCUUUCUCUGAGAUUAUGAGCAUGAUUUGGAAACGCCUCAAUGAUCACGGAAAGAACUGGCGGCACGUGUACAAGGCACUGAUGUUGAUGGACUAUUUGAUCAAGACAGGCUCUGAACGAGUGGCACAACAGUGCAAAGAAAAUGUCUUUGCCAUUCAGACACUGAAGGACUUCCAGUACAUCGAUCGAGAUGGAAGGGACCAGGGUAUCAAUGUGCGGGAGAAAUCAAAACAGCUGAUCGCGUUACUCAAAGAUGAUGAGAGGCUUCGGGUUGAGCGGAGCCAUGCGCUGAAGACAAAGGAGCGGAUGUCGAGCGUGACAACUGCAGUGGGCAGCAAUAACCAAAUCAUGUUUGGGCGUGGCUCCAGCCAUCCAAACUUGUCCACCAGCCAAUCAGAUGAGUGUGGCAAAAUAGGAGGAUCGCCUGCUUCCUACCAUGGCUCAACUUCACCAAAGAUCUCCUCCGAGUUGGAACAAACACGACCCCAAACCAGUGGUGAGGAGGAACUACAGCUUCAGUUGGCACUGGCCAUGAGUCGGGAAGAGGCUGAACAGAUCUUCAAAAGUGCCACCACAGCUGGCAGCCAACCAAGGAACACUGUGCUGACCCUGAGUGCACAGGAUGAACAGCAUCGCCGUGGUGAUGACCUGCGUUUACAGUUGGCGUUAGAUGAGAGCCGACAGAAACUGCAAAUGCCAGGCAUGGCUCCUCACAAAACCGAGACUGCUUUACUGGACCUGACCGACUCCACACCAUCUCCCCUGACCCAGAAAUCUGAUCCCUGGGGAGCACCACUGCCAUCAACAUCCACUACCAAGCCUGACCCAUGGGCAGCUGUGUCCCGGCCAGUGUCCAAUGACCCCUGGAAGCAGAUGGCAGGUUCCCGACUGGCUGCCGCAACUUCUGAUCCAUGGGGAUCCUCCGGCCGUCGUUUAUCAGGAGAGCAGCAGUCAAGAAGCACAGAUCCCUGGGGUUCAGCUGCAGCAGCACCUGACAGAGAUCCCUGGGCACCUACUUCUCCUCCAGUGGCUCCCCCCUUCCACUCUUUCAGUGCGGCUGAUGCAGCUGUGACCGAUGAGUUCUCUGUGUUCAGCCAUCUCAGGGGGUCACCCAGAAAAGUGGAAGGCCAGGGCAUGGGUGGCCGUUUCGAGGUUCUGGGUGAUGGUCUGACCACUCCAGCCACGUCUGUUGUCACAGGCUGCUCUGACGUCUUUGACAUGCCCUCCAUGUCGAGCACUGUUCCGUCCAAGCUGCCCACCCCAAAGCACCAGCCUACCACACAAAAGAAUCCUGAAUCCUUUCUGGGCCCCAAUGCUUCACUUGUAAAUCUGGAUACCCUCAUCACCCGCACAACGCACCCAAAUGUGAGCACCAACCCCUUCCUGGCACAGGCUGUGCCUGCUGCCUCUGCCAAUCCCUUCCACAGCACUCCCACACAAAUGUCCAGCUCCAUGAUGGCCGUGACCCAAACUCCGUUUGGACCUGUCGACGUGACCGCCACCUCCUUUUCCGCGAUGCCCAGGGUCGGGGCUGCUCCCAUGGUAACCAUGCCCGCGAUGCGGAUGCCACAGAGCACAGGCAUGCAAGGAAUGAUGGGGUCGAAUUACGUUGCAAUGGCAGCCCCUCCACCCACUGGUCAAUCCGCAAGCUCCACCAAUCCAUUUUUAUUAUGAUCCUUGUCUCAGCUUUGUGUUUAACCAAUCUGUUUUGUAUUUGAUUCCUCUCUCUUCCUCUGCACAAUUCCAGUGUGAAAGUAUCCUGCCAUUUUCCUUUGUCUUGGACAAUUGAGAGAAUGUCAUUAAUGCUGCAGAUAUUCCAGGCUUCUGUUUGUAUUAAAUAACUUGCAGCCACUGUGGACUGAUCUGUAUCUGAGCAAGCAGUUCAGUGAGUUGUGAGAGGCUCUCUGGUGCUGGUUGGAAAGCUGCUUGCAUUUCCACCUUUACUUCAUCAGGCUGACCAAAUCCAGUUACAGGUGAGCCCAAUUCUCCCUCCCCACAGUGGUGGGGGUCAUAAUGCUGGCAGUUGGUUGAUUUUUAGUGAAGCUACGUUGUCAUGAUGGUGGUUGUGGGCCGGAGGCUUCAGCACAAUCCCCUUCUUGUUCUGUGAUUUCAACAAACAGUGGGUGAGCAGGAAACAAAAAUGGCAACCCAUAUCAAGGUGCCCAUUUCUCAGGGCUGUCUGUCUGAUCACCAUGCACUCAGCUGCGCCAUUCCUGUGAAUCGAGGUGGGAAAUGUGGUUGUUUUGUAGGGAGGCCAAGGUACAAGACUGCAUAUCAGUUCCUUCCAGAGCCUUUGAAGUCCUGUCCAGGUUUGGGCACUUUCUCAGCAGACUGCGCCUCAUUGCAUUCACUAAAUGCAGCCACUGUAUUUGGAUACUGCUAUCUCUGUGCCCCUCCUCUUGGGUUUUACUGGGGACUGAAUGUUGUCUCUGCCACUCAUUCUACAGCACAGUGAACCUGCAGUAUUUCCAUACUUUGUGAACCUUGGUUUUGCACACACUACCCCACAGCAGUCGCACUGUUCCAAGGAGCUCUGGCCUUGCCAGUUAAUGAUGCUGUUUUGUUGAGUAGCUGCAUUGUUUUCCAGCUGAGUUGCCAGCAGUGCUUUCAGACUGUCAGUGUGGGGGGGUUUCUUUGUCACUCUCCACUCCCUGGGGGAACCUGAUUAGAGUGUGUCCCUCCAUCAGGCUCCUGUAGCAAACUGUAGAAUGUUUACAGGCUGUGAGGCCCCAGCAGUUGGGACCUGAGAUUUUACAGCUCAAUGCUGGAGAAUGUCCAGCGUGAAGUUUCUCGUAAUUUUCUUUUUGAUUUAAAAUGUGUUUUUUUUUUGUUUGCUGCAGUGUGGUUACUAACUGCCCUGUUCCAUCAGUUUCAGUGAGGAGGGCCCAGGCAUUGGUGGUACUGUUGGGAUGAACAACAUCUGCAGAGAUGUGCUCUCACAACCCCCCCCCCCCCCCACCCCAAAUACUACUCAUCACUCAGUGUUUACAAAGGGGGAGUCAUUGUGUCAAGGCUGCUAAGUGGGGCAGGGGGCUUUGACAAAUUAAGGGGAGUUGCAGAAUGCAGCGCUCAGAACACUAGCUUGAUUUUCAGUAACACUAAAUGAAGAACCUUAAUUUUUUAUUUUGGUUCAGGGGGGCAAUGCAAAAAUGCUCCAAUUCUCAUCUGCCAGUCGUUUGUGCCUGUCAGCUUAUUGGAAGUGGCCAAUCCUGAUAGCACUGGUACUGACCGACUUUCAGCUAUCGUAACACACAGACACCUGCUUUACACUGAAUCACAUUUUGGAAAGGUACUGAAUCUGUUCGAGUUACUAAUCCACUGGCUUGCUGAUGGCAGUGUCUCCCCUAACCUGCCAGGAGGCCUCCAUGAUACUGUCUCAAGUUUACCUCUUCUCCCAUGUUAUGUCACUGCCACGUCAGACGUUAAUCAAUAAGAAGUUUCACCUUCUUAAAUUUUGAGUUGUCUGAAUUUAGUGCUUUUCAUAAGCUCUUGAUCUCCAGCUUUUGUACAAGAGCAGAUGUGAGAGAGGAUUGAGAGGCUCUGUACUAGUUUUAUUUCAGCAUUAGAUUGGGGGUUGGGGGAGCGGCAGUAGUUUUUGCAUUUCUGGGAGCAGUAUGAGGUAUAAAAUACACCUGUUCUUCUGAAGACCAUCUCACUGUCAUCACUGAGCAGGGUAAUGCACCCUAUGCAUUAAGCCUUUGGUCAGGAUUUAUAGUUCUUUGUGUGUGCACAGUAACCAGUCUUCCAAGAGUGAGUUACUGACAGCUGUUCAACACUGAACACACCCAGAGCUCCCUUCAGACAGUGACUUCCUGCUGAGGUGUUUUUAUCAAUGUCACGUUCUCCUACUAAUGUGUUUGGGCCAAAUGUAUUCUUUUGAAGUUUGUUUGGAAUUUGACCAUUUGUGGAGCCUCUCCUUGGAGAAUUCCUCCAAACCUCUGGAUUCUCCAUGCAGCCGUUCAGUACCACACCUCCAGUGUCCACUCCCAACACCAUCCAAAGUCCUGUGGUGUAACUACAAGGUGAACAGUCAUGCUGAGGUCUAGUCCAGUAUUGUGCAGAAACUUUUUUGAAGUUUACAAACACUAAUUGUGUGUAGGAAAAGGACUGAGAGAAUUUUGUGGAUCUUUUAAAACCCUGAAUUGCUUCACUACACUUAAUCUUGUGGAGUCAAGACGGGAGUUUGUAGUUUUCAGUGAUGCUUCUCUGCAGUUACAAGAAAGGCAAAUUACAGCAAACUUUCAUACAAAAUUAACUAACGUUUUAAUUAGUCAGGAUAUUUUAAUUCUGGGCUUAAAUUUUUACAAAAAAAACUAAUGAAGUGAAAAUUACUUUAAUAAUUCCAGUCAAGAUCAAAUACACAGAACUGUCAACCCAGAAAAAGUUAAUUUCUGCCUCAGAAUUAAAUGUCCUCUGCAGUAUUACUGGUCUCUGUAUAUAGUAACCCUUUGCAGUAUUAGUUGUUCCUGUACAAAAACCCUUUUUGUGUUUUAAUGAUCUGAGUACAGAAUAUUUCUUGAUACCUUCCAACAAACUACAGAAUGUGAUGCUCAGCAUUGGAAAAGUCAAUGUUGUUAUGUUUUUUUUUCCUCUCCUAUUACUGGAGCCAGUUCUCUGGGGACAAGUGUCCAAUCUAUCUAGAGAACCACGCUAUCCUGGGCAAAACUGAAAGACACUAAUGACUUGGUGCAGUAAUUUUAAAUAUUGGUAUUGAAGCAAUGUUGUAUUUAUGUUCUGACUAACACUAUAUAUUUGUUUACAGGAAUUUCCAUAAAGAUGUUUACCACUCAAUUUCUUUACAUCUCUCCUAUCCUUCCUAGAAGCCUCUUUAACCUGAAGCACAGAAUCCUUCCUGGUCUUGCCCUGUCCACUUAUCUCUGUCAUAAGCUAUAGCCUCUGAAUGAUGUCCUCUCAAGCUCACAGGAGAACUUUGGACCUCUUUUAUCAAAUUUGAAUUUAAAAACUGUCUACCCUCCAGUGCUUAGUUUCUGAGGUAAAUUGAGCCUUGGACUUUCUAAAAGCAGUUCCACGUCCAACGUUUGAUCUUUAUUUUCUGAAUCAUUUUAGGUACCUUGGAUAAUAACUGUGAAAGGAGGUGUAGGCCUUAACUCCUUAAGUGUGUUGUCUGGGGCUACUGGAUAGUUCACUCACCCUGACCUUCCACCUUUUUGAAUUGGUGCUAAUUCAUUCACAGGUAUCCAGUGUGGGAAAUGUUUCACUGGAGCUUUGGGCAGAGGCAUGAGGCAGAAGCCGUGCCCCUCAGUGUUUUUGUUGUGUCGAGCCUGGGCUGUACUUAUCCUUACAGUGUAGAGAGAGCUUUACACUGUAUCUAACCCAGCGCUAUCCCUGUCUCAGGAUUGUUUUAUGGGGUUAUUGUAGAGGGAGCAUUACUCUGGAUAUAAUCCUGUUCUGUAUCUUGCCCAAGGAGAACCGGGAAAUGCUAUUAUUAGGUGGUUGUGAUCAGCAUUCAUUGAAGCAUAAUGUCUCUCAAAUUAACAAAUACAAACUUCUGAUUUAAAUGUAACAUUGAAGUUUGAAAUACAUUCUGUGAUAAUGAAAGAGGAGGACAUGAUUGUGCAAAAGUUGCUGCAAGUGUUUGCAGAUGUGAUGUUGUCUUGACUAGGGUAGUUGGUAGUUCUAAUGAAGGGGACUAAAAGCAUGUCCAUAUUUGGGAUUAAAUGUGUGUGCACACACGUAGGGAUAAGGAUGGGUUCUGUGGUUUUCUCUCUGAACAUGUCUGACAUGGAGUCUGGUCCACUGGCAGCUGUUGCUCCAGUGUUGCAAUACUUGAAUAUAAAAGUGUGACUGGAAUCUGGAAACAGUCCAGUCUGGUCUCCAAUGCAGGGGAGAGUUUAAAACCUAGAGCAGGUAAAAUCAGUGCCUGUGGGAAAUCUAACAGUCAGCAACUGAGAGACCUGUCUUAACAGCCAAUUUUAAAAAGUUAUGUUUUGGAAAGCUGAAUGUUGCUGGAAAUGGGACCUGAAACAGUUGCUGCAUUGUGCAUCUUGCAGCUCAAAUUGGUGUCAAAGCGAAGUCAUGAUUUUUUUUUAGGAGUAGUGAAGAAAUCAAAUCUGCUAAAGGGCAACUUGGCCAAUUUUGAGUGACGACUCAUUUGCCAUCUGGUGUAACGGACUUUGUAAACAGACCUAUAUGCUGGCUUCUAUGAAAAUGAAUUAUUCCCAUUCCGUCCUGAUCACCUUACCUGCAAAGCACCCCUCUUGAUCUAUCCUGUUUGAUCUUUCUCCUCUUAUGUGUAGGUUUCUGAUUCAUGAACGCCUCUACAGCAAUAGAGAGGCAUUCAAAUUCUCUUGGAAAAUCUGCUCUGUACCUCCUUUUACUUCAUGCACUGCACUGCAGUGGUUCAGAAGAUAUGUUCUGUGUUUUAUUUUUGUAAAACUUUACAACAUUUGAAGGGACCUGGAUAUCAUCUGCCAUGUACACACUUGUCUGUGCUACGGUAUUGUGCAGAAAUGGAGGUUACUAAGAGCCAUCAAUUUAAUUUCCUGCCCCUGUGUUGAAAGUAGCCACUGGUCUAAACUCCUUUUGGCCAAGUGAGGAAAGGCCUAAACUGUUCAGACCAGUAGGACCCAUGGCUUCCCAGACUCCGCUGGUUUAGCUCAUCCGUCAACCAUGGGCAGCAGGUAGGGAUGGAAUAGCAGCCCAGAUGGGCACAUCUCAUCUUGGCUUUCCAUGUUGGCAUCAGCCAGUGUAAAGACUCUUCACCUCUAUCUGUUCAAUGGCUGUCUCCUUCCCACACAUUUCAUUUGCUUUCUUGAGUUCACGCAGGGCAAAGUCUUCCACAGGGUCAGAGGUGCGAAUUGCAAUCGCUUGGAGAUGAACAGGUCCCUUCAAUUUAGACAUUGGUAAAAUUUAGACAUCCAAAGAAUUUAUUUUGUAGUGUAUCAUAUGCAUUAAUUUAUUAUUCAUGAGUAUUUAUGUAUAAAUAUAUUUUACCCUAUUGUAACCUGGAGUACAAGAAUCAACACCCAUUUUUACUUGGUGCAGUCAUAGUGUAUUCUUACAUAAUUGGACUUUGUGUCCGUAUACAAACUAUGCAUGUGGAAUUAUUUAAGAACUGGUUUAUUCCUGAAGCCCAUUAUUGUUUUCUUAGAUGAUGCCAUCAGUAUUUUGGAGGGAUUGUUUAUACUCAUUGCUAGUGAUGCUGUACAGUGUAGUUAAUGUUUCUAGUAUUGUUGAUGCAUUGACUCCGAUAUUUCUGGACUGUAGCAAGUGUUAUUUGGUGCCCAGUUGCUGUUGGUUUGAACUAUGGUUGAGGGAUAGACUGUUACUAUAAUGAAAUAUUGGGGAAUUGUCUGUUAUGAAAUAAUUCAGUAAUUAUGAAAAUUGAAUGUUACCCUUCCCUUUGCUGCACUGUUAAUAUUCCCUAAUCCUGAUCUGCUGCCCUGUUAUCCUGCAACAGUAGUUCACCAGUGUGUUGUGGAGCAAUAGCUUUAAGCAGUAAUUCAGAAUUUGAUUUUAAAUCCCACUGUCUCCUGCUCUACACAGUGCCAUAUUUCUCUUGGGCACCAGAAUCAUUGCUACAGUCCUCAUCUUUUACUGUAGAUAUCCAGUUCUUUUUUUAAAGAAAGUAUUAAACCAAUUUGGCCAGAUUAACUGUACCUGCAAAAAUAAAAUUGUGAACCUGUCCUA